GUAGCCCAGACGGGGGGGACACCGGCGCUGCAGGAGCGGCUGGGCAGAGCCCGGCUCCGGGAAAUUCAUCCCAGAUGGAUGCACUGUACGGCAGGAAUAAGGAAGAGCACCCAGAGCCCAUAAAAGCUGAGGUGCAGGGGCAGUUGCCCACUUGGUUGCAAGGGAUACUGCUCCGGAAUGGCCCAGGCAUGCACACGAUUGGGGACAGCAAGUACAACCACUGGUUUGAUGGCAUGGCUCUGCUGCACAGCUUCACAUUUAAAAAUGGUGAAGUUUACUACAGAAGUAAAUAUCUCCGAAGUGACACGUACAACUGCAACAUAGAAGCAAACAGAAUUGUGGUGUCUGAGUUUGGGACUAUGGCUUAUCCAGAUCCAUGCAAAAACAUAUUUGCCAAGGCAUUCACCUAUUUGUCUCACACCAUUCCUGAGUUCACAGACAACUGUCUGAUCAACAUUAUGAAAGCUGGGGAUGAGUUUUAUGCUACUGGCGAGACUAACUUCAUCAGGAAAAUUAAUCCACAGACUCUGGAGACAUUGGAGAAGGUUGACUACAACAAAUAUGUAGCUGUAAAUUUGGCAACUUCUCAUCCACACUAUGACAGUGCUGGAAAUGUUCUCAACAUGGGCACUUCAAUUGUUGAUAAAGGGAAGACAAAAUACCUUCUAUUUAAGAUUCCUUCCUCUGUACCAGAACAAGAAAAAAAGAAGUCUUGUUUCAAGCACCUGGAAGUGGUUUGCUCCAUCCCUUCUCGCUCUUUGCUCCACCCCAGCUACUACCACAGCUUUGGAAUCACAGAGAAUUACAUAAUCUUCAUAGAGCAGCCCUUCAGACUGGAUAUUGUCAAAAUGGCAACUGCUUACAUCCGAGGUGUGAGCUGGGCCUCCUGCCUUGCCUAUAAUAAGGAUGAUAAGACUUGGUUUCACUUUAUAGACAGGAAGACUAAAAAAGAAGUGCCCACCAAGUUUUACACUGAUGCUAUGGUGUUUUUUCACCAUAUAAAUGCUUAUGAAGAGGAUGGCCAUAUUGUUUUUGAUAUUAUUGCCUAUACAGACAAUAGCUUAUAUGACAUGUUUUAUUUAAAAAACCUGGGUAAAGACUUUGAAGAGAAUGUCAAACUUACCUCCAUACCAACCUGCAAAAGAUUUGUGGUUCCUCUGCAGUAUGACAAGGAUGCUGUAGUGGAUUCUAAUUUAGUCACACUUCCCUCUACUGCAACUGCUGUAAAGCAGAAAGAUGGAAGCAUCUAUUGCCAACCUGAAAUACUGUGUGAAGGGAUAGAGCUGCCUCGCAUCAACUAUGACUAUAAUGGCAAAAAAUACAAGUAUGUCUUUGCAACAGAAGUCCAGUGGAGUCCAGUUCCUACAAAGAUUGCAAAAUUUAAUACCCAGACAAAGGAAAUGCUCCACUGGGGGCAGGACGACUGCUGGCCAUCUGAGCCCGUUUUUGUUCCCAGCCCUGAUGCAAAAGAAGAGGAUGAUGGUGUUGUUCUGACCUGUGUUGUGAAGACUGAUCCAAAGGAUCCUCCCUUCCUACUUGUCAUGGAUGCUAAAACAUUCACAGAGCUGGGUCGAGCCACAGUGAAUGUGGAAAUGCAUAUGGACCUGCAUGGAAUGUUUAUACCACAGCAAGAUGUGAAAACUGACACUGAGUAAAAUCUGUUUGUUGUAUUGCACAGACUGGCAUAACCUUCUACUGAAUGUGGGACAAUAUCCUUCAGGAACAGCCUUCUCUUAUGAAAAGAAAUGACUAAUUAUAACCUCCUCAAUAUCUUCAUAUAAUCUCUAAGAAGAGAGAGAAAUGACAUUUUUACAAAUUGUUGUGUGCACAACUGCUACAUCGCUAUUCCAACAGAAUUAUCAAUAUGAAGUGCUAAUGCUGAAUACAGCUUGAAGGGCAAGGAAUAGGAGACAAAGGUAACAAGAAAUGUUUUAUUUGAGUAGAACAAAGCUUUCUGAGCAAAUGAAGUACUUUAUUCAUAAGGUGACACAUGGCCUGAGUCACACAUGUCUGCAGGUCAUGUAACUUCCAUGGGCUGUUGCAAGACUGCAGCAAAAAUGAAAGUUGUCUCCUGCCAGAAAACCUCAUGGAAAACUAUCUACCAUGAUACCAAUAAUUCAUGGCAAUAUGUUCUCUGGGUGCUUGAUUUCUUAAACUCUACCAUAACCAAAGUAUUAUGCUGAGGUGCUACAUUUUUCUUAUCCAGAACCUACCCUCCUCCAGCUUUUGUAAUAAUUUCAUGGUGUAUUUUUUGCUUUUAUUUUGACAAAACCAAGUAACUUUAUUGAAAUAGAGUACAUGGUUAUAUGUAGCAUUCAAUUAUACUUUAGUGACAUUCAAUCAUAAGAAGUUUGUAUUUAAAUCAGUUUUCCUUGGGCAGAAUAUCUGCCAUGGCAUUUCAUGUAAUUAGAUUAUUAUAUUCAAAUGUUUACAUCUUCCAUAAAAUGGAAAUAAACACUUCAGUAAGGUAUGUCUGCAGAAAUAGUCACUUCUAGUGUUUUCAAGGGAUAUUACCAUUGGUAUUUAAUACAACUUUAUCUUCUAAAGAAGAAAUUUAAUUCCAUUUUUGUAAAUAAUAGGGAACCAGUACUGGAAGAGAAGACUGACUUGUGAUAUGGCAAAAGACACCAGCUGUGGGGUUGUUUCUUUUCAUAUGAAAAAGUUUGGAUUUAACAAAUGUCCACAAAUACAUUUCUAGAAUUACAAGGUGGCAAUGAAUCAAAAGUCUAACCAUUGUUACAGAUUUCCUUCUAAGAGUUUGUCUCCAGAAUUUCUUCUGUAAUACUCACAGGGUUGUUUUUGGAUGAUCAUGGGUUUGGAUACAGGAGUUGACUUCUAAUGAGAUAAUUUUUACUGGUAGAGAUGACAGGAUAGGGGACACAUUCAUCAUAAAAACAACCUGUAGUCUAAGAAAGCAAACAUGUUAUUUACACUCACAUAGAAAUAAUGCAGGAAAUAAGUGAUAAGAACUUGUCUUGGGUAUGAUUUCUUAAAUGAGAUAUGCCAUAUUCCCUUGGUCAGCACACAGGACUUGAUUAGCAUUAAGUUUGUAGUUAACCUGAGGAGAAAAACAGUGAUGUGAAUCUGCAUUUGCUAAUCCAAAUAUCCUCCUGCAGCAGAGACAAUAGAAAUAAAACCAUACAGCUAAUCACAAAUUUGUUCAAGAAUGUUUUGAGUGGUUGCAAUACCAAUCUGAUGAAACAUUUACCCUGAAUAUGGUAACACACUAUCAUUUCCAGGCUGACAGAAGCAAGGGGAAAUGCAGAUAUGCUUUGCCAAGUGGCUGCAAGGCUUGUAGGGUUUUUUUGAUGUGGUAACAUGGCACGUGGUAAUAAUGAGUGUCAUUUGGUUUGCUUCAGACACCCUUUGCUGUGAAGGAAAUCUCAAGGGCUAGAAAGGUUUGAUUCUUCUUUUGCACCAACUUAAGUCAUAAAUUAGUACAACAAAAUUCAUGGCAUUAUUAUAAUAAUGGCUUAAGACAAAUCUAGAUGGAGUGACUGCAAAUAAAAAAUAGUAAAGAUAAGUAUCACCAUUUAAAAAAAAAUACAUAGUUGAGUGAGAGAAUCAGGCCACGGGUAUGCAUACAUAUAAUUAAUUACCUCAGAGAUGCUACAAAUGGACCUUGAUAGAGUGGUUUGGUUUGUUGUUUUGGUUUGGGGUUUUGGGGUUUUUUUG